AGAAAAUACCAAGAAGAGACUGAACAUUUUGGCUCCCUAACCUUAAUUUUGUAAUUUUUAUCUUUUUAGUCAGUAAAAAUGUAAUUCUAGUAAGAUAACCCUCCAUAUUUAUCUUUUAGUUUAGUUUGCAUAUGUGUAUGCGUAUGUGUACACUGACACAACAUUUGAAAUCUGAUUCGCAAUGGGAAUUGGUCCAAGACCAGUGCACCUGUGACUUUAUAUAUAUAUUAUUUUUAUUUACCCCAUACAUUUUCACAUUUAUCUACAACCAUAAAGACUAUAAAAAAAUAGACAAACAAAAAUAAAAUUACCAUCAAAAUCUUGGAAUCCGUGACGUAUGAGCACAAGUGGAGAACAAGUUGGGUUCUUUUAUUUUUCUCAGGUUUAUCAUCAGAUGGACGAAAGCGAUUAUCUAACAUUGAAAACAACUUCAGGUUGUUUUUCUUUAUGCAAAACAGCAACCAUUGCAUAUACAAAAGAUGGAAACGUCAAAACGUAGAAGCAGCUAAGGGAGACGAGACGAGUGGGGUAAAUUAGUAAAUUUCACAAGAUCGUAUUUAAUUCCAAACGGUGGUGUAUAUCACACACCGUCGAGUUAUAGAUCCGACCAGAUAAGAUCACUUAGAAUCGAACGGUCAUAAAACGUCCGACUCGUUACUUCAGUUUGCCAGCGGUUUCGCCACGUGUUCCGACCAAGUCGCUCACACGUUCAUGUUUUGUCUAAAUAAAAAAAAACUAAAAAAAAUUACGAAAAGAGAAGUUUGAUCGUCAAAGAAUUUUCGCAAGCGAAUAUAAGAGAGAUCUGGGAAUCGUACAUUGAAUUAGGGUUUGUCCAUCAUCUUCUCGGUCUCGCUGUAAAGGGGUCACCUUUGGGACCGGUUCCAGUCACAUUUAGGGUGUGUCUUUUAGUUUGAAUAACAGUCAGCUUGGCGGGAGACGAAUGAUGGAUUACGACGAAGUAAAUAGUGAUCACGAGGCGCAUGCUUCAACAGAGUUUGUGAAAGAGCCUGAGAUCAAGAACAAUGGUUCCUCAGACGACCUGGACCCAUUAACUGAAGCCUUCAACAGUUACCACAACUUGCAACAAGUCCUAGAAAAAGAACUUCACAAGUUCCAAGAGCUUGGGAAAGAAUCUAUAUCAUUACUACAUGGCGGAUCAGAAAGCAGCAGUUGCGUACACGUGGGACAUGACCAAGCCGGUGAAGCAAGCUCUUCUCGCUGGUCUGGGUCUGAUAACACAGGUGAGAAGAGAUUAACUUGUCUAGAUUCCGAGGUACUAAACCUGGUGAAGAAUGUAGAGCAUCUGGAGAUCAAACUAGAAGAAACAAAGCGUGUUCUCGACGUUAAAGAAUCACAAAUCCGUGAACUCGAAUCCACCAUAAGCGUUUCAGGGCAAGGAACAGAGAUGGAGAUUGGGAUAGAAGACAUUUUCCAGCAAAAGAUAGAGGCAGAGAUUGAACAUCUUACAUUCUCAAGAUCAGUGGAGAACCUAAAAAGAAAGAUCAUACUGAUUGAAGAAGAGAAGGCUUUGGCAGAAGCUCAUGAGACUUUGUCAAAGCUUGAAGAAGCAAAAACCAAAGCUGAGAAUCUAAAGAAUCAAGCUCUAGAUUUACAAGACCAUUGUGUUGACAUCAAAGAGAUACAAGAAGUGAAGAGUUUCAAGAAGAGAGUAGUUAAGACCACUUCAUGUCUUCUUCUACAGUUAGGUUUGCUGUUUAUACUGUUUAAUGUCCUGUUAGUGCCAGAGUCGGAAACCGUUGUACCCACAUGAUGUAUUUUUUUUGUUUGAAAGGUGUUUUAUUUAUUUAUUUCUUUUUGUUUUGACACUUUUUUCUUUAAAUUAUAUUUACGUAUAUUGUAAGUUUGUAAUAUAUUUGGCUCCGACGGACCAACUCCUCUUUGGUACUUCUCUU